AUGCCAUCUAGGUGGACUGCAAGAGACGGCGGCGCCGGCGUGCAUCGGAGGAGUCUCGUCUCCGACGAAAGCGGUGGCGAGUUGCGUGUCGUAGACGGCCACGCAGCUUCCCGGGCGCCCCAGCUGGGUGUACGUACACCUCAGGACGGUGGACGUACACCUCAGGACGGUGUACGUACACCUCAGGAGCUGCGUGCGGCGACGCACCGGCUGGACGCCGGCAGGCGGACGCCGGCUCGGGCUGUGCGUGUGCCGCGCGUUUCCACAAGCGAGGCGCGGUGGAGAAAAGGCGGCGAGGCGUCUCAGGCGCGUGGCCUGCGCGUCGUGUCGGGCGGAGUCCAGCAGAUUGCCACUGGGCUGGGAGAGCGCGUGUCGCUCUUUGGAGCCCCAUCCAUCCAUCCGCUGUCUCUCGUGGCUUGCCGCGAAGCCUCCACCGCGAGUAGCUCGCAGGUCAGAGACGGAAGAGACGCUGCAGACAGCGUUGAGGCUAGUUGGCGGCGGCAGGCACGCGGCGGUUUGGGAGUCUCCGCGAGACUGAGGGAACGAGAGAGAGAGAUUGAGAGAACAAGCGAGAGCAGGAGAGAAGAGAGUGAGCGUCGGAACGGGGGCACGGGCCCCCUGCGGCCUCUAGCUGAGUUCUCUGACGGACUUUCUGCGACAAGCCACGCCGGCGGGGUUUCGCCUUCACACGCUGUCGGCGGCGCCGCCGCUGCGUCAAAUGCAGGCGGCAGAGCGUCUGUGGACGCUGCGGCCGCUGCGGCCAAGGAGGCGGCUCAGCGAGAAGCGACACUGCGGUAUUUCCCGCAUGCGCUCCUGCGCGAGAUUUCAGACUCGAUUUCGCAGGACCCGCUGUUAGCCAAAGUCGCCGACCGCGGCGAAGAAGACGCAUACCUCUCGCUCCGCUUCUUCGUCUCCCGCGAACGCUCCCUGCAGGGGGAGAGCUGCGCCGACGAGGACGGACGCCGAGAACGAGGGAGUCCCGCCGGCCGGGCGACAGCCAGAGAGGCACGUCCUUCCGUCGCAGAACGAAGCCAAGCGUCCCGAGAGCUGGGUGACUACAAGAGGCUCGAAGCUGAGCUGGCGGGGACGGUGGGGGAGCAAGACGCCAGGCGAAGCACCAGAGUCCACGCAGAGGAAUGGAUCCAGGAGCCGGAGGGCGCUGUGGCGUGUGGGCGAAGAACUCCAGACGCGAGCAGGAGCACGGAAGAGGGAGCAAACAGGACGGCAGCAACCCAGCCCCCCGUGAGAGGCGGAGGAGGCUCGAGCGAACCAGCAGAGAGCGAGGCGAGCGACAAGGGGGCGAAAGAGGGACGCGAGCCUUCUCAGUCCAUCGUGAGUGCAAGCAAGGACCUUGUUUUUGUAUGGUACCGGCGACGCGGAACGACGAUGCGUCUGUGCAUCCCGCGUCUACCGGCGCUGCUGUGGAAGGUCGUUUCCUUCUUCUUUUUCCUCUCGCCUUCGCCUGCGGCCAGCUCGCCGCCGUCAGCCUCGCAUGCGGCAGACGCGCCACGCAGAGAGGUCCGGUGCGGAGGCACCGCCGCAGCUGCGGGCGAGCGAAACGGCGGCGGGGAUAGGCGAAUAGACACAACGGGGCAGGAAGGAGAGCGUCAGCAGUUCUCGGCGUCUUCGGAAUUCCAGAAACGCAUGCUCGAGGCGAAGCUCGACCUGCUCGCGUCGCUCCACCAGGAGAAGAAAGCGCUGCUGUUGGCAGGCAGCCACGUGCGAGGCCUCAGUGCCGGCACUCGGGCGCGACCGGGUGUAAUUAUAUCCGACGGGCUAGGGAGGAAGAAGGCAAGACAUGAAGAACGCGACCGCGAGGGAGACAUGAAAAAAACGCUGCUCCAGUCAGUUGCAGCGUAUGUGUACUGGCCAGGGAUGCAGUCCUUCUUUGACACUGUGCAGGAGCCGGCCUCGUCGUCGUCCGAGUUCUCCUCGGCUCCACCCCCUGCGCCUUGCGCGUCUCCCGGCUUGUCAAUCUCUGCGUCGUCCGCGUCUCCUGGCUCUGACGUCACGUCGUCUCUUUCGAAGCAGGAGACGCCUCUGAAGGCGCGACUCUUCCGCGAAGCAGCAGACGGAGGAGUGGCGUGUUCCUUCGCCUCUGCGCCUGCCGCGGGUGGCGCGACAGAGGCUCGCGCGCCCUCCUCAGCACUCCCUGUACCUCCAGGGGCGGGUGCGUCGCGCCCCGGCGCCCGAGGGACUCGCGAUGUCUCUCCGCGGGCCGUCUCUGGCGGCUCGCGUGGCUGCUUUUCGGCCUCCUCCGCUUCUGCUUCGCAUCUCAUUUGCCGCAUCGAAGACGCUGCUCUGCUGCGUGCGCUGCACAGGCUGAAGCCGGGAGAAGCGUUCGACGAGGUGCGGCUCGUCAAACGAAGAGGAUCGGCGGCGGACGAGAAAUCUGAGCGAGAUGAGUUCUGUCUGGUCUGGCGAACGAGGGACGCUUUCUCUGUGAGAGCAGACAAGCAGGCCGCGGAGUCUGCCGCUCGAGACGACUCAGGACGCUGCGCGGGCUGCAGAGAGAAAAAGACGCUCGGAACGCGAAGUGAAGAAGAUCGCCUCGCACGGGCGAGGACAGCCACGAAGGGCGGGACAGCGAGGCGCGGAGAGGACUGCGAGAGGAGGGAGCAGCUGGCGGAAACGCGCGCCUCUCUCUCCUUUGGGGCCCCCGCCCCAUGGUCGCCUUCUGGCGCAGUCCCUACCGGUCCGGCGUUUGGAGAGAGCGGUGAUGAUGCGGCGUCCUUCUGGCGCAGCGCAAGGCCGGGGCGCCAGAGGGGAGGCGCGGAGCCGCGAAGCGCCUCCGCGGCGAGGGAUCCAGACCGCAGCAGGUGGGCGGAAGACGGAGACGACUGGAGCGGGGACCUGCUUCCUUGGCCUUUCGUCUGCGAUUUCUCGGCUCUUCCGCCUCCGCCGGGACUCGCGAGCUGCCGCCAGGCGCCGCUGGGCUUCACGCGUGGUCGAGCGUCGCAGUCCCGCAGCGCCGCACAGUACGGGGCCGAUUCGCCGCGGGCGCGAGAGGCCGAGGAGGGGCGCGGCGAGGACGAGGAGGGCAGCCACGGAGAGGAAGACGACAGAUUCUUUUCUGGACGGGAAGACGAGGAGAGGAGCUGCGUCUCGUUCCCGCGACGCAGAGGGGAGCAGCGCCGCCGUCGGAGUUCCGCUUCGUUCUCAGGAGCGAGCGAGACGUCGCUGGCAUUGCUUGACGUCGCCGACGAGAGGGAUGCGGAGCUUUUGAAUGAUUUCGUUCUCUUCUUCUAUGUGAUUAACCUGCCCUCGGAGGUCCCACUGCCCCUUUCUCCAGCUCCGUCUGCGUCGUCCUCGUUCUUCGCCCUCCAGGACGCCGCUGCGCCACCGCGCGACUCUGCGGCUGCACGGCAGGACAACAGCAACGCGUCUCCUUCGCCGCCUAUUGUCUUCUUUCCCGGGAAGGCCUCCAGGCAAAACGCAGAGGAACCCAGCCGAGCGGACGCGUGCGAGGACGGAGCUCGUGGCGACGCGGACGAGCAGCAGAGACGCGCGUCCUUCUUCUCGAUCCCCGACGACGCCUCUGCGUGCCGUAGAGACAGUUGGAGAGACACCGGGGCCGCCGCCGGGGCGAGCGACGGAGAGACGGAGACAGCGAGUGAGGCGUGUGCGAGUGAGGCGUGUGCGAGUGAGGCGUGUGCGAGUGAGGCGUGUGCGAGCGAGGCGUGUGCGAGCGAGCGUGGAGCGUCUGGCGACCGCGGAGGCGGGUUCGCUUGCGGCUGCGAAGAGGACACCGUCGGCGCGCGAGGGGUGCGUCCGCGCAGGGGCUAUAGGAGGAGCGACGGGAUCCUGAUUCGUGCGUUUCAGCGAGAGCCUGAGAAGCGCGUCGGACUUCUUGCGGUCGACGUGUCAUGCUUGGCGCGGCCGUCCGCCUCGUUUGCUUCGUCGUCGUUCUCCUCCUUGCCCUCUGCGUUCGCGUCUCCUUUCUCCUGCGCCUCGCCGGGAAACCGGAAGGCAGCGUACGCCUUCCGGGCCGAGCGGCGAGGCGAGGCGUCGCUGAGGAAGGCGAAACAGCCAGGCGACCUCGAGUCCGCGGAAGACGAAGAGGACGGCGACGCCGAGGACACCGGCAGCGAUUGCUCUUCCUGCUACGACUUCGUCAGCCUUCCCGACGAUGAAGGCGAGGCCGAGCGAGGGACUCUCGAGUCGCCUUCACUCGUGUGGAGUGAGAGCGAGAGGGAAGACGACGGUGACGAAAGAAGUCUCCCGGGCGGCUGGAAGCAUGAGGACGAUCUGGAGGCCCGUCGCGGGAGGACAGGGGCCGAACGCAGAACGAGGGCAGAGCAGACAGCGGAAGAAAAAGCAUGUGAGAAACUCGCCGAAGCGCUUUUCGCGACUUGCUGCUCCGCGGGACUCGACUCUCUCUGCAUCUGCCUCACAGACAAGGGGCGCCGCGUUCCUCUGGGCUGUCGCACGAUUUCCCUGUCAGACGUUCCACGUCUUCCGUCUCUUCUCGCUCUGUGGCGGCAGCAGCUCGUGAAUCCUCUGCUGUCUCUUCCGCCUCGCGCGCGCGCGGCUUCGCCUCCGCCGCCAUCUCCGUCCUCGCAGUCGUCGCCGCCUCUCUCGCCUGCGUCGUCCCCGUCGUUUGCUUCCUCGCAGUCGUUUGGUUCGUCGUCACCUCCCGCUUCCUCUUCUUCUGCGUCGCCGCCUGCUGCCUCCUUCGCGCGCUCGGCGCUCUCCACAGCUGCAUCCACGUCGUGCGUCUCUGCGCGCUCGCCUUCUCAUUCUUCGCCUUCAUCUGGCAUGUCAUCUUCUCCGCUGCCUGCGUCGCGUUUCUCUUCCUCGCCGCGUGCGUCGCGGGUGACUUCGCGGGCUUCCUCUCCUGCAGAAUCUUCCGCCUCGUCCCUCUCCGCCCGCUCUCUCCGUUCUCCAUUCGCGGAGCCCCGCCCCGGCUCCAGCGGCUGA